AUGGAAACCAUCUCCGGGGAAAUGGGUUGGGAUGGAUUAGGCCACUCCUCUCUGGCAUCCGUGACGACAGGAAUAACCAACCUCACUUCCUCCCUCUUCUCCGACUUCACAUCCCUUAACAGUUCUCAUGGAGGGGCAGGGUCCUAUUACUGGAUUAUCCCCGAGAACACUUCAGCCACCACGCCCCACGCCUUACCCCAGCCCAGGGUGAGGGAUCUGGGCCUGGCCCGGGCGGAGAUAGGGGUCCUGGGCCUGGUGCUGGCCCUCACUACCCUGGGGAAUGGCUUUGUACUCUGGGUGCUGCUCCGCAGGAGGAAACACAACGCUCCCAUGCAUCUGUUCAUGGUCAACCUGUGUCUGGCUGACCUGGUGGUGGCGCUGUUCCAGGUUUUUCCCCAGCUGGUGUGGGACAUCACAGAAAGGUUCCAGGGGCCAGAUUUUCUGUGUCGCUCAGUAAAGUACCUGCAGAUCGUAGGGAUGUUUGCGUCCUGCUAUAUGAUCGUAGCCAUGACGGUGGACCGGCAUUAUGCCAUCUGCUGCCCACUGCAGGCCUAUCGUGGUGGGUCCGUGUCGCGCUGGAACACCCCUAUUAUGACGGCCUGGGGCCUGGCCUUACUGCUCUCUAUACCACAGUUGUUCAUCUUCUCGCGGUCUGAGGUGUCUCCAGGAGAGUUUGAGUGCUGGGCUCACUUCGCUGAGCCGUGGGGGCUCAAGGCCUACAUCACCUGGAUGACUCUAGCAGUGUUCUUACUGCCAGCACUAAUCAUCACCGUCUGCCAGAUCCGGAUAUUCAGAGAGAUUCACAACAACAUCUAUCUGAAGUCAGAGAGGAUGGUGUCAGCAGAGCUAAAGAAGAACAAUGCUGUCAUCUUCCACUUCCACAGAGUCAAAAAGGAGGACGACAGAGCGACCAGGGAGUGGGGGAGAGAGGGAUGCAGAGGGGGGAGAGGAGCAGGAGUAGGAGGGGGACAGCUUCUAAAGACUAUGAACAACAACCCCUCCAGCUCUCUCUGUACCCCUCUCUCACCGCUCUCCCCCCAGUCUACAGCUGUUGUACCCUCAGAGUGCUAUGCCAACCUGUCCCCCUCUCCACAGUACAGCAGCUGUCACAACAACCACACAGCACCAACACAGCAAAGCCCCUUCAACACCCCAGAUAACCUAACCCUCCACUCCAGCCCUGGCCUCAGUGACUGUCAUGAGUCCUACACAUCCUUUGAGCUCCCCCUCCUUCCCACCGAUGUGUCUCCUCUCCACGCCCUCCCUGGAGUACCCUCCCCACCCCCCCGGGCCCAAACGCCCCCAUCCAUCUCCAAGGCCAUGUCUAAGACGGUGAGGAUGACUCUGGUGAUAGUGUUGGUCUACACAGUCUGCUGGUCCCCCUUCUUCAUCGUUCAGCUGUGGGCCGCCUGGGACCCCAACCCUCCAGACCAAGGUGUGGCAUUCACCAUCCUGAUGCUGCUGGCCAGUCUGAACUCGUGUACCAACCCCUGGAUCUACACCUUCUUCAGCAGCUCUGUGUCCAGGGAGCUACAGGCCCUGCUAUGCUGCAGACCACAAGCCUCCCGCAGGGGCUCCAUACCUGACGACUCCACCACCACACACACCUCCACCACCAAGGACAGCCUAUACUGACACACUCACACAUUCACACGUGCGAACAGUGGGGUCAAUAAUUGAGGACACCCUUGAUAAAGAUGAGCAAAAUAAAUAAUAC